UACUCAAAGAUCGCCAAAACUUCACUUGAUUCUGAACAACACGCGUUUGUUUUCUCUUGAGAGAAAAUUACGAAUUUAUUUUUGCUUUUAAACCACGACGACGAUUCCAACACUCGACCACUCUCUGUUGGUUGGCGUCUCUACGACGCACUUGGAGUCACCACCAUUGGAAUCCCGAACGGAGUCGCAAGAUGAACCGCGACGCUGCGCAGCGCUGCCCUAUGACCACCUUGUAUGUCGGGGACCUCCAUCCGGACGUCACCGAGGGUUUGCUCUUUGAGAAAUUUAGCAAUGCUGGAGCCAUCCGGUCCAUCAGGGUUUGCAGGGAAAAGACCACCCGCCGCUCUUUUGGCUAUGCUUAUGUGAACUUCCACCAGCCGGCUGACGCUGAGCGCGCCCUUGACAUCCUGAAUUUCGAGGAGAUCAAGGGCAGGCCUGCCCGUGUGAUGUGGUCCCAGCGCGACCCCUCCUUAAGAAAAAGUGGAGUGGGAAACAUCUUUGUUAAGAACUUAGCCAAGUCCAUGGACAGCAAGGCCCUUUGUGAUACUUUCUCCGCCUUUGGGAACAUCCUCUCCUGCAAGGUGGUCUCAGAUGAAAAUGGCUCCAAGGGCUACGGCUUUGUGCACUUUGAGACCCAGGAGGCAGCUGAGAGAGCCAUUGAGAAAAUGAAUGGCAUGCUGCUUGAUGAUUGUAGAGUUUUUGUGGGCCCCUUCAAGUCCCGCAAGGACUAUGAAAUUGAGCGUGGUGCCCAAGCCAAGGAGUUCACCAACGUUUACAUCAAAAACUUUGGUGAGGAGAUGGAUGAUGAGAGGCUGCGCCAGAUCUUUGGCAAAUUUGGCCCCACUCUGAGCGCAAAGGUGAUGGUAGACCAGAGAGGACGCUCAAAGGGCUUCGGCUUUGUGGACUACAAGCAUCAUAAGGACGCCCAGCGGGCCGUAGAUGAAAUGAAUAACAAGGAGCUGAAUGGGAAGCUUGUGUAUGUGGGCCGUGCCCAGAAGAAGAUGCAGCGCGAGACUGAGCUCAACCGUAAAUUCGAGCAGAUGAAACAGCACCGCACGACCCUCUCGCAGGGCAUCAACCUGUACGUUAAAAACUUGGAUAAGGGCCUACGUGAUGAUGGGCUGUAUGAGAUAUUCUCUCCCUUUGGAACCAUCACCAGCGCCAAGGUGAUGAUGCAGGGCGGCCGCAGCAAAGGCUUCGGCUUUGUGUGCUUCUCCUCCCCCUCGGAGGCCACCAUGGCUGUUACGGAGAUGAAUGGUCGCAUCGUCACCACCAAGCCGCUGUACGUUGCCCUGGCCCAGCGCAAGGAUGAGCGCCAAGCCCACCUGACCAACCACUAUAGGCAGAGGAUGGCCAGCGUACGCCCCCAGCAACCCCAGGGACUGCCAGACACUGUGCGCACAUCUGGGCCUCAUCCUCGGACCUUCAGCAGCACAAGACGCGCUGCUGCCCAGGUGCCAUACAUGGUGGCCUCUCAAUGCAACACCCCUCAGACUCUGGUCCACUGUCCAGGCAAGACUCCGGGUGCCGCCAGUGCCCCAACUUCCAUCAUUGACCCAGCAUGCCAGGAGCCUCUGACCACCUCCAUGCUGGUAGCCUUGGACUCUGAGGAGCAGAAACAGUUAUUGGGACAACGCCUGUUCCCCUUGAUCCAGGCCAUGCAGCCCAUGCAGGCUAAGAAGAUCACCGGCAUGCUGCUGGAGCUCGACAACUCUGAGCUGGUUUGCAUGCUUGAGUACCCUGAGUUCCUGUUCUCCAAGGUGGAUGAGGCCGUAGCUGUACUGCAGGCCCACCUGGCCAAACAGGGAGCCCAGAGGCAUGCCACCAGCACCGUUUAAAGACAUGGAGGGGGACUUUUCUUAAAAGGCAAUAAGCAAAUACAACAUUGAAAUAUUUGUCACCAUUGUAAACAUAUUCACACCCCAUACAGACCACUACUCAUGCUGGAAAUAAAAAGAAAUAAAAUCAUUUAUUUUAUUAAAUA